AUGCUGACAAGAUCUGCGGGUAAAGAUCACCAGCACAUGAUGCGUGUAGUGCACACAUUUAAUAAACAAAAAUUGGAAUCUGACUUUUCAUGCAUUGAUAGCGCAAGGGUAGGACGAUCGACUCCCGUCAAAAAGGUUGCCGUCGAGAAGUCGGGUUUCCCUGUCGAACUUGCAGCUUUUAAAUUUCAUGCGAAUAUUCUAUUGGGUGAGAAAGGCUUCUCACUGGAAUCUCGUACAACUCAGCUAAAAGUUGGAGCCAGUGAAAUUAUUGCUGAGGAAGACACUUCUGUUUCGCCAUCUGGAUACACAGAAAUAUUGACUGAAACGACGGAUUUGAAUUCAGAUAAAGUAAAAUUAGAUGCCGAAAGAGCAUUUUUGAAUCAAUACACUGUAGAUGAUUGUCAGGACACAAUUCUCAGCUAUGCUUAUUCAACAAGAGGUUCGCUUCCAUCGCAAACUGGUGCUAAUCUUCGGAAACCUGCCCUUUCAUCAUCUUCACGUGCUAUGGAAGCAGCUUUCGCAGAAACGUUAUCCAACUACAUAGAAACUAAGAAUUACAACGAUUUAUUGAAUGGGUUCAUGGAUGCAGCUCAACUCUGUGAUAUUCGAGAACAUUGUGCUAAGUCGAUAUGGGAGCAAGGAGUAGCAGUAUUGAAAACAACAUAUUCACAGUCGGAUCCUAGCCCAGAUGUGGCAAGCUGUGAUACGAUGGAACUUGUGGGUGCUUUUUUAAAAGUGAAGAAUCAACGUAUUGUUCGACGACAAUAUCAGGAUGGUAUAUACGGCCCAAAUGGGCAACCGGUAUGGGAACUGCUUUAUUAUUGUUUUCGAGCUGGAGAUUACGGAUCGGUUGCGGAGAUCGCGAAAACGCAUCUUCAGAAGAGUGUUGCACUUGUAGCUGCGUUAUCGUCAAUUGUAAAAAGCAAUCAAUUGUCAAUCGAAGAUCGAGAUAAAGUUAGCAGUGAAUGGCGUUUGGAAGCCGAAUCAACUGUAGACAUCUAUAAGAAAGGUAUCUAUUUGGCAUUACUAGGUUGCGCUGGAAAUGUGGUAGUAGCAGAGCUGUGUGACAGCAUUGAGAAAAUUUUCAAGUUUUUUGUAGGAGUGGAAUAUUUUGCGUUAAAUGGCGCUGAUCAAGCGCUAUUCUUCGAGGCGCUUUGGUUGAGUGGUCAAUUUGAGCGUGCUAUUGAUGCACUGUAUAGGUCUGGUAGAUUAGUGCAUGCGGUACAUUUGGGGAUAUUAGCAUAUGUGAACAAUCUUUUGGUAACGUCAGCUAGUGAGGCUGGAAAAUUGCGUAACUUUUUAUUCAUAUUUGUUGUUAUUAUUAUCUAUAUUUCGUUUGAGUGUACCAACGCGGAACGUGCACUCGAUUAUUAUUUCAUGUUACGACGUUUCGAAACGCCGACAGGCAGUAAUAUGUUUAGUGCAUGUGUGUCACGAGCCGUCUUUCUGAGCGGUGAGAGUGAGGAAAUUUUGGGGAAGAUUGAUACUAGAAAUGCUGUAAGAGGGCAAGGCUUCAUCGACAAAUAUUCAAACGAAAUUAAUAUUAAUGAUAUCAUCAAGAAAGUAGCCAGUGAUUCAGAAUUGUCGAAUGAGAGCGAAAGAGCCGUACAGCUGUAUUCUGUCGUUGAGUGCUAUGAUGAUGCAGUACGUGCAAUGUGCAGCUUUGUGAUCACAACGCCUUUCGACGAAUACAUCAAUACAAAUCAAAAGUCACGUCAACUAGCCAUAUGGCUAAUUGAUUUGUGUAAGCGCAGAAUCAGCGAAAACGUAUCUUUCCCAAACUCAUUCUCAAUACUUUGCUUACUCGUUGAUCUAUCUGCAUUCUUCAUGUGUUUCCAUCAGAAAAGGUACUCACUUUGUAUGGAAAUAAUCAAGAAACUGAAAUGUAUACCGUUGAAAUCGGCAGAGGUGAAUGGAUUUGUAUCUAUGUUCCAUGUGAUUCCAGUUCAGAUACGUUCGUUAUUAGGAGAGUUGUGCGUGAAAGUAAUGUAUGUUGUUGUUAACGGUUCAGCGAGCAAAGAGGAGAUGCGAUCAACAGCCAAUGCUAUUAUUGAAUAUACAGCUCGAAUACCACUGGAAUUGUCGACUGAAGUAAAUGCGAGAAUACUGGAAUUGAACUCGAUGAUACAAUGA